GUGCCGACGGGUAAACUUACAAUCCCCAACCCUGCGCACGGGAAAGUUUCGAUGCCCCACUCCCCUCACCCCCUUCUAUGAUACGUCCCGAUCCUCCUGACGAAGCUGCUCACCUUUUUUCCCCAUACUUUUUUUACUUUUUUAUAGAGAAAAAACUCAAGAGAGCGCUUUCUGUCGAUCGCUGAUGUCACAAAUCCAAGACUACCCCUCCCUCUUCUCCCUUGCUGGCAAGACCGCCGUGGUAACCGGCGGGUCCAGAGGAUUGGGAUUACACGCAGCAACUGGCCUAACACUAGCCGGCUGCGCCAAACUGAUAAUAACCUCACGCAACGCCUCCGCUUGCGCCGAUGCCGUGAAAUCGCUGCAAUCCCUCUCGACGGGAGCGACUACCCUCUCCCUCCCCGCCGACCUCUCCUCCCCCUCCGAAGUCGAGCGCUUCGUGAAGGAACUCGCCGCCGUGACGGACGGCAAGGUCGACAUCCUCAUAGCCAAUGCCGGUGCAGUCUGGGGCGAGGCCUUUGACAGGCACUCCGAUGCUGCGUUCGACAAGGUCAUGAACCUGAACGUUCGCAGCGUGUUCAACCUCAUUCGGCUGUGCACACCGCUGCUGGAGAGGGCGGCGAAGCAGAGCGGUCAGAAGGCGAGGGUUGUAACGGUCGGGAGCACUGUGGGUCUGAAUAUUGGCGCGAUUGGAGAACAUGGGAUGUAUGGGUAUGCAGCCUCGAAGGCUGCGGUUUUGCACCUGACCAAGCACCUGGCUGUCGAACUCGGUCCCCGUGGUAUCCUGCUCAACGCGAUUGCACCCGGAGUCUUCCCGAGUAAGAUGACCAAAGGAAUGAUUGCGCUUGCGGGAGGUGAGGAGGAUAUGGGCAAAGGGAGUCCUGAUGGACGUAUUGGGAAGCCGGAGGAUAUUGUGGGCUCUAUUGUCUUCCUGUGUUCCCGGGCUGGUGAGCAUGUCAAUGGGGCGGUGCUCCCGAUCGAUGGCGGCAAGCACGUUGUUCCUUCUACGGUGAAGCUUUAA